CGCAGCUCCUCGUGGCGGCGACUCCACACGAACAACGACCGUGGUGAGGGCGCGCAGGCAGGCGACCGUUCGAGCCCAGCGGGACAGUCUGCGGCCUAGGCACCAGGAGCAACCAGGCGGCGGCGGAGCAGCAGAGCGGCAGGACAGCAGCGCAGCGGAGCACCGGCGAUAGCGGGCGGGUUCUAUCUACUUUCUUGCGUGCGGUCAAAGUAGAGAAGAGUCGACAUGGCCUCUGCCUCCGUGUCCAAGACGACCAAGUCGUACACGUACCGCUCGACGGGCGGCGGGCCCGCGGAAGUCAGCAUCGAGUACAGUGCGGACCUGAGCGCCCUCUCGCGCUUGGAGGACAAGAUCCGGCUGCUGCAGGAUGACUUGGAAUCCGAGAGGGAGUUCCGUCAGCGGGUCGAGGUCAACCGCAGGCGCGACACCGAGCUGACCAAGCUGCGCAAGCUGCUGGAGGAUGUGCACCUCGAGUCCGAGGAGACCGCCAACCUCCUGCGCAAGAAGCACCAUGAGAUCGUCGUCGACUUCCAGGACCAGAUCGACCAGCUGUCCAAGCUCAAGGGCAAGGCUGAGAAGGAGAAGGCCCGUUUCCAGCAGGAAGUCUACGAACUGCUGGCCCAGCUCGAGAGUUCCAACAAGGAGAAGCUCAUCAGCAUCAAGCAGUCUGAGAAGCUGGAAAUCACUGUGCGCGAGUUGAGCGAGAACAUCGAGCUCGUGAAGGAGGUGCAGGACCUGAAGGUGAACAUUGAGAACGCCACCUACCUGAAGAGCCAGCUCGCCGGACAGCUGGAGGAUGCUCGCCGCCGACUGGAAGAUGAUGAGAGACGCCGCACGACCCUCGAGGCCACCCUGCACCAGGUUGAGAUCGAGCUGGAGUCGGUGCGCGUGCAGCUGGAGGAGGAGUCCGAGGCUCGCCUGGACCUGGAGCGCCAGCUCACCCGCGCCAACGGCGAGGUCGCCACCUUCCGCUCCAAGUGGGAGACCGAGGCGGCUGCCCGCGUCGAAGAAGUGGAGGACCUGCGCCGCAAGUACACCGCUCGCAUCCAAGAGCAGGAGGAGCACAUCGAGUCCCUGGUCGUGAAGGUCAACAACCUCGAGAAGCAGAAGUCUCGCCUCCAGAGCGAGGUUGAAGUGCUCAUCAUCGACCUGGAGAAGGCCAACAACACCGCCAGGGAGCUUCAGAAGCGCGUUGAGUCUCUGGAGAGGAUCAACAUCGACAUCAAGACCCGCCUGGAGGAGACCAUCGCCCUGUACGAAGCGUCCCAGCGCGACGUGCGCAACAAGCAGACCGAGAUCCAGCGCCUCACCCACGAGCUGGACAAGACCCGCGAACAGAAGGAGGCCCUCACCCGCGAGAACAAGAAGCUGUCCGACGACCUGCACGACUCCAAGAACCAGAUCUCCGACCUGACUCGCCGCCUGCACGAGCUGGAGAUCGAGCUGCGCCGCCUGGAGAACGAGCGUGAGGAGCUGUCCGCCGCCUACAAGGAAGCCGAGGCCGGUCGCAAGAUCGAGGAGCAGCGUGCCCAGCGUCUGUCCGCUGAGUUCGGCCAGUUCCGCCAUGAGGCUGAGCGCCGCCUGGUGGAGAAGGACGAGGAGAUCGACGCCAUCCGUGAGAAGAGCAAGAGGAAAGUGAAGGUGGUCCCGCCGCAUCUUCCGUGGUCCAACGAAAGAGGGCUUGAGAGGUAUAACAACAAAAUAGUGCGAGCCUAUUCGGAAACCGAUCUCAGGGAAUUGGCAGAAUCUGCUGAGGAGCAAGCGAAGAGGGAUCUGAGAACCUUUACCCUCUCGAAGAAGUCCAACUUCUCACUAGCCAAGUCUGUUUCGGCGGCAUCAGUUACAAAGAAGAUCGCUUUAAUUGGCACAGUCAAAAAGAAGAAAAGCACUCAAAAGAGCAUGGAGGAUCUACAAAGUGAGGGUACUGAAGAACGUUUUGAGUCUUCCGCUAAGAAGUUUGCUCAAGAAUUUCUUACCGGCAAGUCAGCAAAAGCUAUUGAAGCGCACUUGCUUGCAGACUCCUUACGAAAUGAAUCUUCAAGCACAGGUUUAGAUAUUAAAUCUUUCCAACGAAGGAGUGCUGUUUCAACACACGACUCUAGAGAACAUGAACGAUUUAUGGAAAUACGACGUCAAGUUAAAAUAGACGAAGAAGAAUUGGCCAAACCUCUUAAUGAACUUAAAGUGGAAUUACAAGGUUUCAAUAAGAAGACAGCCAACUACUACCAGGAAAAAUGCAAGCAGACCAGCAUUGAAAUUGAGCAGCUGAACGCACGUGUUGUGGAAGCCGAGACCAAGUUGAAGACCGAGGUGACCCGCAUCAAGAAGAAGCUGCAGAUUCAGAUCACCGAGCUUGAGCUGUCUCUCGACGUCGCCAACAAGAACAACAUUGAGCUCCAGAAGACCAUCAAGAAACAGUCCCUGCAGCUCACCGAAAUCCAAGCCCACUAUGACGAAAUUCAGCGCCAGUUGGCCGUCACUCUCGACCAGCUUGGCAUUGCCCAGCGUAAAGUGCAGUCUCUCACUGUUGAAAUCGAAGAAAUUCGCAGCAACUACGAAUCGGUUAUCCGUGCCAAGCGCACUGUUGAGGUGAGCCUUGAGGAAGCUCAGACCCGCAUCAAUGAGCUCACCACCAUCAACAUCAACAUUUCUUCUGCCAAGACCAAGAUUGAGCAGGAGCUUGCUACCCUUGCUGGUGAUUAUGACGAGAUCACCCGGGAACUGAGGGUGUCUGACGAACGCUACCAGCGAGUCCAGUCUGAAUUGAGGCACACUGUUGAGCUGCUGCAUGAAGAACAGGAGCGCAUUGUCAAGAUUGAUGCCAUCAAGAAGUCUCUGGAGGUUGAAGUGAAGAAUCUGUCUGUGAGGCUUGAGGAGGUUGAAGCUAAUGCUAUCAUCGGAGGCAAGCGUGUCAUCAGCAAGCUUGAAGCUAGGGUCCGUGAUCUGGAAUUGGAGUUGGAUGAGGAGAAACGCCGCCAUGCUGAAACUCUCAAGAUUCUGCGCAAGAAAGAACGCACUGUCAAGGAAGUGCUCAUCCAACAAGAGGAGGACCAGAAGAACAUCUCUCUCCUGCAGGAGUCCCUGGACAAGAGUGUACAGAAGAUCAACAUUUACAAGAGGCAGCUGCAGGAGACGGAGGGUAUGUCCACUGCCAACGUCACCCGGGUGCGUCGCUUCCAGAGGGAACUGGAAGCUGCAGAAGACCGUGCUGAUACUGCUGAGAGCAACCUGUCACUGAUCCGGGCUAAGCACCGCACCUUUGUCACCACCAGCUCCGUGCCCGGCAGCCAGGUGUACUUGGUUCAGGAAACAAGGCAAACCACCACCAGCGAGAAUUACUAAACUACAGAGUGAGACACAGCUGUGUAAAACACCACUCAUGUCUGUGACAUGGAUUGAACAGAGCCAGAAAGCUGCAUUGGGAAAUUCUCUGGUGCAGCAUCUCGCAUAUGAUAUCUUGAAAGCUUAACUGAAAAUGUGAAAAGCAAAUUGUAAUUAGGAAGAAGAGCAAGAGUUAUCAUAUUAACAACAUUUUAUUCACAGAUUAACAUUGAUUCAUUAAAGAGGAAAACUUCUUCCAGAAUGUGUGUUAUAUUUUGUAAAGGUAAGCCUCCAAGACUUUCACACCAGUUUUCCAAUUCACAUCAAUCCAUUACACAGACACAAGUAGUUUUUUACCUUUCUUGUAUGUCAAUACUGAGCCUACAAAAAAUUACAAAGACCUAAACCAUACAUACAAGAACUUUUUCUGCUCGUCGGUUUUUUCUGCUCACAAAAGUGAAGGGCAGCAAGGGGUGGGAAACACAAAGAAACUUAAGAAUUUGAAAUAGGGAAAUGUCUUACCUGCAUUCCAUCGAAUAUCACGUGAUUGUUGCUUUCAAACUUCUUUGAACUACAGAGUUGGAAAGAAGUGUACUAAAUGCAUUGGGAUAAUUAUCUGAUGUUCAGUGAAAUGUAGCAUCAAUAAAAAUAAAUUAAAAAUUAAGGGAAAUAGGAGUUUUACUUUUAAAAAUAAGCUGGCUGUAUUGAGGAAUUUUUUCCUUUGUGCAGUUCAGUGAUGUACCAAAGAAAAUUGUAAAAAUAAUAAAAAGUGUUAAAAAUAAAUAUGCUGCCUUUAUUUGAGGCAGAAUUCCAUACUUCUUUUGUGAACAAAAUCAUCACACAAAAGAAAUGUAUAUCCAAAUAACCCAAAUAAGUAGUUAUGGCAAGAUGUCUGAUUCUUCUUCAUAACUAAUCAAGGUAGAUGUAAAUAACAAGAACAGUAAAUAUCUAUCUACUUUUCCUCCUAGGCUGGGUGGAGGCUAAGUAGGUAUUCCUGCCAAAUAUGCAUGAGGUGAUAUGAGCUAUACAAAACAUCCUGUGUGAAUUGUACAUCAAUUUAUUUAUUUUACAAAAUAAGCAGAAUAAUUUCAUUAAUCUGCUUAUUCAGUAAAAUAAUUAAAUUGAUAUACAAUAAACUCAUACAAGAAAUCAAAGGCUCUGCAUUUUUUGUUCAUGGAUGCAAAGAUAUAUUCUUAUCAAUGCUAUAUGACUUUUACAAUAUAACAAUCAUCUUGAAAAUAUCUGGGAAACAAAUACAAACUUUGUGAUCCCAACAUACAUAACAAGUACAUUUAAGCUAAUAAAAUAUAUUAUAAUAUAAUAAAGUUCGAGUGCCAAACAUCAAGUUCUUAUUUGAUUUCAUAUUUCCUCAGAAACCAAAGAAAAGAUUCUUUUCAGUGCCUUGGGUCCACUGAACACUUGAUUCAGCUGUCAUGUAAAUUAAGCAACAGAAAGUAGCAAUUCAAAAUAGAAUUAACACUCAAAACAUAAUGUCAGCAAUUCUUAACAAAACCUCAAUAAAUGUAUGUUGGUAAUUUCUUGUAGAACAAAAAAUAUAUCUCACAUUGACCAAUUUAGGUACUUUCAAAAACAAUACCAGUGAACUUCAUUAAAGGAGAUGCAGAAUUUAACAUUUGUAAUAAACAUACAUAAAAUCCAUUCAAUUAUUAAUUUAGAUGUUUUCAAAACAUAAUUUGAUGAGAGUUCUAAAUUCAUUUAAUGAAUCACAUAUUUUAAGUUUCUCUACAUACAUACAUCUGUUAAAUUAAUCUGCUAUUUUAUAAAAUAACUAAAUUGAUAUAUAAUAUUUACAACUAUCACAAAUGCAAAUUUCAUGUACAGUGAUAAUUAUCAAAAGGUUUACAACAAUAAUACUGCACAGAAUCCAAUAUCCACAAUGCUGUUACACAUAUUAUAUCAUUAUAUUUUUUUCCAACUGCUAUCUUAGCUUUGUUUAUUCUGGAUACAGUUUCACCUCCACACAACAAAAUGAGCUCUACAAGAUCCCCUCUGGGAACAGUAGCCUGUGAACUGACAAAAAUUGGACCACAACUGCUGAAUAUAUCAGGUUUAAAUAUACCUCCAAAAGAUAAUUUUUCCAAACGAUAUUUCUGAACAGAAGAUGAAAACGUUGUCAAUUCAAAUUCUUCUUCAUCAAGCCAUUUUCCUGCUUCCAAAGAUCUUAAUACCCAUUCAUGGGAAACAAUCCAGCAUCCUCGAACCAUUCCUUUCAAGAGUUUCAUUGUUCGCUUUGAAGCACCAGCUACAACGUGUGUUGUAUAUGAAGUCACAUUUUUCUCAACCACAAACAUACCCAGUUUUUCAACAACAGAAGCAACUAAGUCGAUAUCUCUAGUGUGCAACUGAGUGCAAACUAUUGCAGGCCUCUGAAGAAUAGGAGAUGGAGAGCACCUUUUUGUUUUAACAAAAUAAGAAGAACUUCUUCGUGACCUCCGAACAGGAUCAACUGCAUUUGUGACACAUUCUUUCUCCCUAGACCCAACUGCCUCAUCUUCAUCAAUUUUAUUGAUUUCAGGUCUAUCCAACCACUCAAUUUCAGCAUUGUCUGUUUUUAUUUUCUUCUCUAUCUUUUCACCAUUCAACUUUUUGGGAGUACAACUAUGUGGAUUUUCAACCACAGUGUUAGCAUUAUCAUUAACAUCACCAACAUUGUCUACAAUUAAAGACUCCUGCACAGGGCUCAAUAAUUUCCGUUUUGACACCUUUCUUCUCAGGGUAACAUCCAGCACGUUAGUUUUUUCUGUCUGAGAUAUCAUGUUCACUGCUGACACUGAGGGAUUUCUAGCAACUUCUUCUUUCUGCUUAUUACUGAUUUCCAUACGAUCUUCCAUUUCCCCAAUUUCAGUCAAUUUCUUGGUAAAAGAAUUCUCGCAUGAAGCUCUUUUACUGGAACUAGCUUUGAUAUCACUCAUUUCAAUAUUUGUAGAUGUUUCAUCAGAGUCUAAGUUGUUACGAACAGGUAAGUUUUUAGCCAACUUGCGCAACAAUCGGACUGGGAGAGGGCUGUUUUGAUCCAGAUCAAUAUCUGAAUCGGGUGUGGGUGGCCUAUUUACCAACUCCUUGAAUUCCUUUUUGCUUAUACCAGUCAUCUUAACUAACAUUCUCACCCUACCAUUACCUCCAGCAAUUUCUUCCACCCACUUAGGUGCACAAGCACUCUUCCGCACAGCACUAUUUUCGAUACACGUUUCUGCUGAUGGCUGAAUUGGUGUUUCUUUCUGUACCACUCCCUUUCUCUGCCGAGGAGAUGGUCUUUGUGUCUCAUCUGAAUAAAACCGCAUAAUCUUUCUUUUUUUCAACUCCUUCUGUAUCGCAGGUGAUUCAUACCGUUCAAUUUGAUGAGGUGGAAAAAGGCUUUCAUGAACUUUUACACCAGCUUUACGGCAUGCUUCAAUCCACAACACAGAAACAAGUGGGAUGUUACGUUUCUUAGCCUUCUUAUAUGUAGAAAUAUUGCCAUCAUUGAACACAACAUGUGUAACCGGCACAUCUCUGUUGAAUGCAGGAACGACAGUUGCACCUAAUUUCAUGAGUUCCUUUCUCACACCGGCAGAAAUGUCUUCAUUCUUUGAUAUUACUUCAACAUAUGCAGUCACAUCACCUAAAAUGAAAGAUUCAAAAGGUUGAGUUGGAGGUAAAAGUUCGUAAGUAUCAGUUGCUUCCUUCAACGAACCACUUGGGCUGGAAGAUUCCCGAUUUUCAAAAGCUAAAGGAGAUGUGAUUUCUUCACUUUUCUUUUUAUCAGAUUCUGUAUCCAAAGGCUGCUUUUCUACUUCAGACGUCAUGAUGGGAAAGUUUUUAGCACGCUGUCGUAUGUUUUUAAUUAUGUCUCGAGCUCGAAGAAGUGCACGUAUUUUACCUUCAGAUGAUACUUUUGAACUUGAGGACGGUGCCUUUGAGGCAUUUGUAUUAGUUGAAGAUGGUGGCAAUGGUGGCGGAGGAGGUGGUAAUACUGAUUUAAUUGGGCUGACCGGUUUUUGUAAUUCAGGAGCAGACAGAGUUCGUUUAAUUGCUGCUUUGGGAGCAGAUGAAGGGGUUCGCUUCAAUUGCUUCCUCUUGGAAGAUACUGGAGUAACUGCUUGAGUUUCAUGUACAUUAUUUAACAUGCCACAACUAUAACUCUUUCUUAAUUGGGGUGAUGGAAUAUCAGCGCAAUUUAAUAACUGACCAAUUUGAUUCUUGAGAGAAUCAAUGUUAUUAAAUUGAACUGGCAUUAAUCCUUGAGCAAAUAUGUCAUCAUCUGGAUCAUACUCUGGAAUUACUAUUUUCUGCUUCUUGGACUUCUUGUUAGAAAAGGACAACCUACGAGUUGCUCCACCCACAAUGUCACUUUUUCUGGCAAGUCUCGGUUCACUUGUGAUACCAUCACGGUGCACCACAGCGUGGUGGAGAGAAUCAGGUAACCAGUCAAGAGGAUUAGGCACAAUAGCACUACCUGCAGAUCUUGCAAACAGACUUUCACUAAAUUUCAUAUUAUCAAUAAUUUUGUCUUCAUUACAAAUCUUAUUUACAGGAUCAAUCACAACUUCAUGCAAUUUACAAUUUUUAUCAGAAAGCUUUAACUCUGUUGAACUAUCUUCCAAAUAGUUUAACUCAUUCUCUGUCUUUGAACUAAUUUCUGAGACAUGGGAUUUUACUGCUUUAAUUGAUUUUCGAGAACUUCUCCUUGGAGUAGAACUAACAUUUUUUGUUUUAAAUGGUUUUUCUAGUGCAACACACAGAGGUGUCCCAACAGGAGAAUGAAUUUUAGUUAUUUUUGGAGUUUCAAGAGGAGAGAGAGAGAUUUUUGCUCUAGUAUCGUUAAGAGAUGUACAUUCAGGAGUAAAAAGUGGUGUUGUAACUGGACUGCCAAUGUGUGAUAUAGAUGGAGUUAUUGCAGUGGGAUUUUGUAAUGGUUUCACAGGAGUUUCCACAAGCAGUGGUUCUUUAGUCUGCUGAGCACCCUUCACUGGGGUAGCUAAUGUGGAAUUUGCCAUUGUUAUACAUAAUUUCGAUACAGGUGUGGAGUUUCCUUGCACUUUCUUCAAAGGCUGUAAUUUCAGCUUGGGGUUCCGAGAUGAAAGACACAAAAAAUGAUGAGAUACUUCAUGCUGAUUCCAUAUGUCAUGAUCCAUCGUUUCUGAUACUGAAGUCUUGUUUUCCAAGAGCACAUAUCCACAUGAUAAAAUAUACUAUUAUUCAAUGCAUCCUCUUACUUUCAAUAUAUCUUAACAAAAUGAGUAAACGUAAACGUCUCUUUCAAUGAAAAAUAUAUGAAUUAUCAUUGCACUGCACACGCUUAUCACAUAAUUUGACAUACUACAUCUCUACCACUGAGUAUAUUAUGAUCUCCAUAGUCCAUUUUGAAUAUCGACCGCCCUAUAUCGAUAUUGUGUCUCGGGAAAGUUACCAACUAUCGAUAUCUG